AAUAGCCUUUGUGUGAAGGCGGGGAGCCCUUCGCUCGGUUAGUCUGCUGAUUAGCAACAAACAGAAGGUUACGAGUUUGAAAAAUUGGACUAUUUGACUACUAGAGCGGCGUUGUGGCGGCUGAAGGGGGGUGAACUAUGUCGGGUGUCUGACCGGAGCUUGUUGACUCGCUUUUGAAGGGGUCCGGCGGUGAUUAUUGCAACAUUUUCGAGCUGGUCGGGGCGACCAGCCUCGCUUUUAGGUCGUCCAAGUCGCGAUGCUGAGCUGAUAGCUGCGUCAUCAUGUUGCUUCCGACUCGAGUUGGCGAAAAGAAAUCACAAGUUAACGCCAGAGGUGAGGCUGCCCGCCGUCAUCCACCCCCAGAGGCCACUCCCGACCUCUGAGACAGAUGGAAGACGGACUGCCGGCGAGGGGUUGACGGUGAAGCCUGUUUACGCGGUCGUUGUGGUGACUUUACAUCACUUGGCUUGGCGUUGUUGGCGCGAUACUCUCCUGGGUUAUUAUCCACAUUUGGAGGGAUAUUAAAAAAGAACCUGGUUGCCCGACAGUCGAAACCGAGAAAUUGCUAAGAAAUUUGACCAAACGUGUCCCAAGGAGGAAGUGUAACUAUUGCAUAUUUAGGGAUGUUUGGAUAGAGAGAAGUGAUGCUCUCAUUGACAGCAAGGAUACAAAGCAGGGGCAGGGAAAUGCGGCUGAUUCCCGUCUGACUUUUCUUCUGCUUUUCAAGCCACAAUGAGAGGCGCUAGUUAUUGAGAAUUUACUCUGUGUGGUGCACUACAUUGUGUCAGACUUUUCAGCUGCGUGUUUUCGUGCCUCUGUCGUCCUUUAUCGCCUCAUCCACGUGGACUUCGUUUCAGGUCGUUGGGUAAAGUUUCGUAAGAGGGCGAUCCAGAAAGGUGGUGGUGGGGGUAGUCCUUCUGAGACUACAAAGUUGUAUCUUUUUAUUGGAAUAUAAAUCCUCUUUUUUUUUUUAAGAAAAAAUGGCUUGUGACUGUUCUCACACCAACGCCCAAUACGAAAACGCAGAGACGUGUUGCCCGUCCAAGCCCUGGUCGGAUGGAGAUAGAAAGCAAUCCCGGCAGAAGGAGUCAGCGGGGUGCUCGAGUGGGCGUGGGUCCACCGCACGGUGGUCCCCCAACUUUGAGGUGAUAGACGGGCUGCUUUAUCGAAAGAAACUGGAAAGGGGCUUCAUCAACUACCGGGAGGUUUUGAAUGAGGACCGAAGACAUGAGGCAAUCUCCACUUUCCACAUAAGGCGACCGGGCCAACGCCACCUCUCACUGGAAGAGACCUACAAAUGCGUGGCUGAAAACUACUGGUGGGAAGGGAUGUACUUCGAGAUCAGAGACUUUGUCCUCAGCUGUCCAGAGUGUCAGCACAACAAGAAAUCGGAGGAGCCGGGUGGCAGAGGAUGUGUCACAAAGACAGUAGUGUCACACAGCUCCGACAUGCUGAGCAAGCUGAGGAGUCAGCGUGAGGCAGGCCUGUUCUGUGACAUUACCCUGCGGACGAGCGGGCGUUCCUUCUUAGCGCACAGAGCCGUCCUGGCAGCCGUCAGUGAUCACUUUCAGGAGAUCUUCACGGAAAUGGACUCGAGCAUGAAGGCAGACAUAGAUCUCACAGGUUUCAGUGAGGACAGCCUUCUCUCUCUGCUGGAUUUCUCCUAUUCCUCCACUCUGUGUGUUCGCCGUGAGGAUCUACCUGAAGUCAUUGCCAUGGCCCGCCACCUGGGCAUGUGGCUUGCAGUGGAAGCCUGCUCUGCCCUCAUUAAAGAGCAGGAACAGCAACUUCAUCCAAACUCAGCCUAUGCUGGUUCGUGCCGUGAGCGUCAUCACCACCAGAGGGAAAGCAAAAGGAAAAGGGUUUUGGGAUUAGAGAACAAUGUGAACGCCGCCUUCAGUCUAACACUGGAUGCAUCAGACGAGUCUUUUGAAGGAAGUCCCAGCCGCAAUUUACGCAGAAUGCCAAAGUCCCAAAACGGCCACCCUCUAAGUCCCUCACACAGGAUGAAGCUCAUGGACUUUAAAUCGCCCUCUUCAAAAAAGGCCUCCACACCUCGAAAUGCCACAUCUACCCCACAGUCACAGAGUUACUCACCCGUAUCCCCAUCGAACACCCGUCUGCUCCGCUCCACUCCUGGAGCUGCCAAGCAGGUUCAGAGAUUGCUGCCAAUGUCGGAGAGCUCUCAAAAAAACAAAAAAUCUCAUCCCAUCUCUCAGCUUUCCUGCUCUUCUAGAUUGAGACCUGGCAUGGUGUGCAGCCCUGUGAGGGUUAAGCAGGAAGUUGAGGAGGUUGGCGAGGAUGAAGAGGAUUAUGCCAGAGCACAGGAAAAGUACAAGUUGAUGAAUGUUCUGGGGUUACAAAGGACUUCUCUCCUCCCCAGACCAGAAGAUCUUAUUGGCUGGAGACAAAAGAAGCGACUAAGAAAGCUGAAGGCCAACAACUAUUCACUCACCAAGCGCCGGAAACCCCGUUCACCGUCCCCAGGACUAUCAUAUGGGGAUGUGACUCUGGCGUUUCCCCUCUGCAACCCUGUUAACACUCACCUCCUCCAUAAGCCUGCGAAGACCAAACCUGCUGCAGCAGCUAGCACAGAGAAGAUUACAGCUAAGAGGCCAAAAACCACUCGGAAGCGUGUUCCUCCCAGUGACAGGAGCAUGCGAAGUAAAGGGGUGUUACCUGACAUGUUCCAGCCUAUAUCCAGGGUUGCCUUUGGGGGGAGGCAACUGAGACAAUCCGUAAGGAAGGGUGACGGUUCCCACCUUCAUUCUCAGCAGCCUCUGCGACGUGGCUCGAAUAAAAAGCUAGUCAGAAACAAAGUCAGGAUCAAAUCAGAACCAGCUGAAUACGCUCUCUCAGGUCUCCGAUUUUCAUCAAACAAUUACUGCGGCCACUCACCCCACAAAUCUUUACCUUCACAGAAGAUACAGGCUAGAAAUAAGGUCGCUGUUGAGACAGUCAGAACACUGCGAUACAACAGCAGCCGUCCUGCAGCAAAGGCUAAACUCAGACGGGGCUCCACGAAGGAGGCGAAGAAGGUGAGGUGUAAUGCCAGAGAAGAGGGAAGAAAGGUGGGAAGCCAGGGGCUAAGAGGGACCAUGGACACUAGACCAAAAGUGAAGGAAAAUAAACCUGAUGGGCUCCAGUUUUCAGAGCAAGCACCUCCACCGUCCAUCUACGACCACCCUCUUUAUAAAGUCAUCAAAGAGGAACCAGCAGAACCUGUGCCAGUUGGAGCUUUCCCUGAUCCUCCCUCACCAGACCUGGGUAAACGCCAGAGCAAGCCCCCCAUCAAGUUACUGGACUCUGGCUUUCUGUUUAGCUUCUGCCGGCCAGCAGGGGGGCCCAUGUCCGGACUGAAGAAAGAGGAGGAGAGUGUUGAUAUCUGCUUAACACGCUCUGUGUCACAAGUUGGAGAGAAAUUUGAAGCAGAAGAGUUACCCCACAGGACUCUGAGAGCCAGAGGGCCACCCAUCCUGCCGGUGGUGAAGAGGGAGAGAGAGGAGAGGAAAGUGACCCAAGUUAAGGGCCGUAGACCCAGGCCCAACCCUCGAAACACUUUACCUCUAGCCAGGUGUGCUAGGUCAAAACCUGCAGGGACCAUGCCAAAGCAACAAGGUAAGCUCCUCGCUCUGAGCAGUAGGAGCUGUGCCAUGCUGGAUGCUGUACGUCGGGCACGACUAAAGCAGCUCAGAGGGCCUCGUAGUCAGGCCCCUAAAGUUCCCAAAGCAGCCCACGCCUGUCUGCAGUGCUCAGCCUCCUACAAGGAUUGUGAUGCCCUAAUUAUGCAUCGCCUUAGGCACAUCGAGGGCAAGCACUGGCCAUGUCUGCUCUGCAGUAAGACGUUCUUUCGACUAAGGAAUGUACGGAAUCACAUCCGCACCCAUGACCCCAAGUUGUAUAAAUGCCGGAGUUGCAUUGCUGCUGGUUCAUGAGGAAGCUGGAGGACCUGCUCAUGCACUGAGACUAAGGAUGAUGGCUGUCUGUGUCUCAACGCCAGGGAACAGGCCAGAGCCAGAGUCACAUGAUCGAUCUGCCGCGUGUACAUAAUGCAUCCACCACACACAAGCACAACGGCCUGUGGAAAGGCAUAAUUACUCGAGCUUCUAAUCAUUGCCGUUGCCAAUGAUUGCUAAUGUUAUUUAAAUAACCAAACCAAGGUUGCUGUUCCUGUUUGCUUUUCCGUACAUACAGAAGUUUAAACUUGAACAUUACACUCAGGGGGCGGGGAAUGUGAUGCCACGUUAUAAAGUGAUUCAACAUCACUUUUGUGUACAAUAUUGAAAUAUAAAGUGAUUGUUAUAACUAUUACUUCUACUUAAUGUCAUCUUUAUUUUUCUAUGUAUAGAUUACAUUUGGAGUGCACUUAUAUCAUAGCUUAUGUUGUAAACCUAAGAAGUAGUACUGAAAUCGACGGUUUGGAGUUCAGAGCGGGAAUACUUGAAGUGGUGCAAGUGCUGAAGGGAAUACUUGAAGGUGGAGGUGGGAUUUAGGAGUGAGCCUUUCCUUGAGGUGUUUCAGUGGGUCUUUUGUCUUUUGGUGUGAAAACUUUUAAAUGACUUCACUAGUCUUUCCCUCCUUUUGUAUUGAUCUGCUAAUCUUCACCUAGUCCCGGAGCCUGUGGUUUGACCCGGGGGUGGGGGGUGCUGGGUGUGGUGAAACUACUGCAUGUGUAUUUCCAGGCCAUUUGUAGUCUCCUCCCCCCCCCCCCCCCACACACACACACACCCGUCCCUUCAUCUUUUCUAAGGCUGCCACUUAAAAAAAAAAAAAAAAGAAAGAAAAGGGAAAGUGUCUCGUUUUUAAUGUGAAUUUCUGAACUAGUAAUCAACACAACUGUCAUUACAGAUGUUUUAUUGAUUGUUUCCUCCACUUAAAUCCAAGCUAAGACGCUCAUCUUGUUCUACUUCAAAUUCUACUGAGUAAAUGCAAUGUGUGCACAUACAGAGAUGUCUAUGUUUCACAGAUUGAUUUUAGAAAUAAAUGAGCUGUCUCGCUAUCUGUAAAGACUGAAUAAAUUUUUGCCUUUUGUA